GGCCCGGACAGUUUCUGACUAAAGGAACUUCCUGUACCCAGGCACAGCCAAUCCGUCGCCCUUUUCAAAUCGUUUACUAGCCCAACAUCUCUUUAAGUAACCUUCUUCAUCCGUAAAAAAGCAUCUGAUCUUCCCAUUAGUCAGCUAUACUUUCCAACAACCAGAUGAUGCCUUCUCUCUUUUCAAAACCCUUUGAAUUUCUCCUCCUUUCAUCCCUCCUCUUCAUCUUCCAUCUCCCAACAAACACUGCAGAUCCUCUCUGGACCUAUUGUCCAAGCACAGUUAAUUACACUGCUAAUAGCACGUUUGGAACUAACCUCAACAUCUCCCUCUCUUCUCUAUCCUCUAAUGCUUCACGCACCGGCUUCUCUAACCUCACGCUCGGCGAAAACCCAAACCGAAUCUAUGGACUUGCACAAUGCAGAGGUGACACUACACCCCAAUCAUGCGGUGAUUGCCUCAACACUGCAAGGCAAGAAAUCGUCGAUAGUUGCCCUAAUAGGACUGCAAUUACAUGGUAUGAUAAUUGUCUCUUGCGCUACUCCAAUCAACCGAUCUUGUCAUCGUCUACUAACAGCCCAAUGGUUUACUUGGUGAAUACGCAAAAUAUAUCAAACCCAGAUCAGUUUAAUCGGCUUUUGGGAGGUCUGAUGAAUGGUCUUGUUUCGAGGGGGGCUUCUGACCCAGAUAGGUAUGCUACAGGUUCAACGAAUUUCUCGAAUUUCCAAACGAUAUAUGGGCUUGUGCAAUGCACAAAAGAUCUGUCAAGGAGUGAUUGCAAUGCGUGCUUACAAGAUGCAGUCGGUCGAAUUCCGGCAUGUUGUAAUGGAAGACAAGGUGGGAGAGUUCUUGGGCCGAGUUGCACUAUGAGGUUUGAGAUAUACAAGUUCUAUGACGACUUAGCCAUAGCACCUGCUCCUCCUCCUACUACUACUACUCUCACUCCACCUCUGGUUCCUCCAUCACCUAACACAACUACCACGGGAAGAAAGCGAAACUCAUCUCGAACUAUCAUAAUCAUCAUCGUUCCUAUAGUUGUUGCAGUCGUGCUCAUCUCUGUCAUCGCAGCUUGUUUCCUAUGGAGGAAAAAGAAGAAAUCAGUGAUCGGUAAAGAUCAUAGGAUUGAAAGAAAUGAAUCAUUACCAUUUGAUGAGGAGUCACUGCUAUUUGAUUUGGGCGCAAUAAGAGCCGCAACUGACGACUUCUCUGAAGACAAUAAGCUUGGAGAAGGCGGAUUUGGUGCUGUUUAUAAGGGUAAGCUUUCAGAUGGACAAGAAAUAGCCGUGAAGAGGCUCUCUCGGGACUCUGGACAAGGUUCAGAAGAAUUCAAGAAUGAGGUUGCAUUAAUUGCAAAACUUCAACACAGGAAUCUUGUUAGGCUCUUAGGUUGCUGCGUCCAAGGAGAAGAGAAGCUUCUCAUCUACGAAUAUGUGCCCAACGCCAGCCUCGACAAGUUUCUGUUUGAUCCAAAUAAAAAGGCAUGUCUGAAUUGGGAAAGGCGCUACAAAAUCAUCGGUGGGGUGGCUCGAGGCCUACUUUACCUUCACGAAGAUUCCCGACUUCGGAUUAUACAUCGAGAUCUCAAAGCUAGCAAUGUUUUAUUAGAUGCCGAGAUGAUUCCAAAAAUCGCAGAUUUUGGUAUGGCUAAGAUUGUUGGAGUAGACGAAACUCAGGGCAAUACAAGUAAUAUUGCAGGGACAUAUGGAUACAUGGCCCCAGAGUAUGCCAUGCACGGCCAAUUCUCCGUCAAAUCAGAUGUAUUCAGCUUUGGUGUUUUACUUCUGGAGAUCGUGACCGGUCAGAAGAAUAGUAACUUCUAUGAGUCAGACCAUGCCGAGGAUCUUCUCAGCUACGCAUGGAAGCAUUGGAAAACUGGCACAGUUUUAAAGCUCAUUGAUCCAACUAUAGGCGAAUCUUACUCAAGCAGCGAAGUGAUGCGGUGCAUCCACAUUGCAUUGCUAUGUGUUCAAGAAGACGUGAUCGAUAGGCCCACAAUGUCAUCGAUUGUGCUCAUGCUCAACAGCUUCACUGUCACUCUCGCAACACCAUCACAGCCUGCAUUCUUUAUCGCUAGUAGAAUGGCUCCGGACAUGUCUAUGACAGAGUCCCGUACCCAGACAGGUGAGGUGAAUCAAUCUCCCGUUAUGGCAUCGCCAUGGUCCGUAAAUGAGAUGUCGAUUACUGAAUUAGAUCCCCGUUAGAGUAUCGGAUUAAAUGGUAUUUGAAAUCUUAUGAUAUUUAAGUUAGAUAUGAAUUAAUGAGACUGUCUAUGAAGUUGAAAAUGAUUAAUUAGGACAUUUUAUGUAAUAUCUUUGUUUGUGUAA